CUUUUUGGCAUCCAAGUAACGUAAACCAUUCCAAUUCAACUUCAAACCCUAGAAAUCGAAAUAGAAAUUCAGAGUAUGAACAUUGCUGCAAUUUCAUUGCCGUUUUCAUCAUCAGCUCUACAACGUUUCCAGUUUCGCAGAACUUUGUUUUCAUCAUCUUCAUUUUCGUCUUCUCUAAUUUCUAAAACCUUAAACUUUUCGUCUGCAAAUUCGAAUUGGAAAAUGAUCAAUUUUGAUUGUUUAUCAUCUUCCAGUGAAUCUAAUACCACCGCUGAGGGAAAUACGGCAUCGUCUUCUGGUGAUGAUGCCCUUCAGAUUAAGCCUGAGCCUAAACCUUGGCUUCUUGUUGGUCUUGGAAAUCCAACCUUUUUUUUUAACGGCAGUCGUCAUAAUGUUGGUUUUGAGAUGGUAGACAUCAUAGCAGAAGCGGAGGGGAUUUCAAUGAGUAAUAGUGUUUCUUUUAAAGCUUCGUUUGGGAAAGGCUACAUUGGAAAAGUUCCGGUCAUCCUUUCCAAGCCACUAACUUUCAUGAAUUUCAGUGGUUACUCUGUCGGUCCUAUGGUUUCAUAUUUUAAGAUCCCACUGAAUCAAGUACUAGUGAUUUACGAUGACUUGGAUUUGGCUUUUGCGAGAUUGCGGCUUUUACCCAAGGGUGGUCACGGAGGUCACAACGGGAUGAGGAGUGUCAUUGAUCAUUUCAAAGGAAAUCGCGACAUUCCACGUUUAAGAAUAGGAAUUGGGCGGCCUGCUGGAAUGAUGGAUGCUGCCAGUUUUGUUCUCCGUCCAUUCAGUAAACAAGAACGUGAAGAGUUGGAUCUGACAUUGGUUACGGGAUUGGAGGCAGUGCGGAUACUUUUGCUAGAAGGUUUUAAUAAAAGUGCCACAUUUGUGAAUAGCGCAAAACCUCUGCAACAGCUUAGUUCAGGGGCUGCGAAUGGGAGGCGCGAGCUGGGCUUCCAUACCAUGCCCCCGGAAAAAGGUCCCCAAAAUUAGAUUAUACUAAUUAGGUUACUGGAUGUACUAAAGAAUCGUUCGCUCAGUGGAAUGAAAAAGGGUGAAUGUGCAUACAAAGGGCCUGAGUUCGAAUGUUGGUAUGUAGAAUUUUUUUAAAAAUAAAACUAUACACGGUUAAUGUUUUUUACCCCCCUAACCUUUAAAAAGCCAGGUUUCAUGUUACUGUGUUUAAGACCAGUGCAUGGGCAAUUUUUCCGUCGAGCAUUCUUUAGACGAUUUCCCCCUUGCUUCUUUGCCUUCUCCGCGCUUCUACUCCAUCCUCCAUUUCCAACCUAACUUUUCCCUCUCCUUUCCUCCUUCACUGUUCUCUCUCCUCCCCAUCGUCGUUACGACACCAUUUGCUGCGAGUAGGCCGACAUUGACUAGAACAAAAGGUUUAUUCUUUUCUACAUAUUACUUUGUAUCCUUCAGCACAUUAUUCUUCAUUUUCUUUACGGAAUUCGAUUUAUUUUUGCUAGAAUGUAGAAUAUAGAAUAUUAGAUUUGUGGGAAUGUUAUUGUUUAGGGUGAUUCUUAAUUUUACUGCUCGUUCAUUGAUUAUUGUUUUUGUGUCUGUUGAUUGCUGUGAAAUUUAGUAAUGAAUUGGCAAUACUAGUUUGGCGAUUUGAUAUUUUCUUUUUCAGGUGCGUUUCACAUCUUACUAUUACUACAUAUAUCUUUUACUGUAGGCCGAAGCAUUGAAUGAGGAGGUAUUGACCACUGACUCAUCAAUUCAUCAUCAUCUUCAGCUGAUACGCCGCCAUUUGAGCUGGGCUAACCAUCUCCUUGAGUUGGUGGCGGCUACUGAAUACUGAUUCACCCUAAUUCAUCAUAUUGUAGAGACGGGCACGACCAGCCCUUUGCACGGAAGAGUAGAGAGUAUUUGAGAAAACUCUGCAAUGGAAAGGAGAUAGUUUACAAAAUGGAUUCGAUCACACCAGGGGAAUAGAAUGCUCCACCAAGAAGAGUGUUUGCUUCUGUGAUGUGUCGAAGUUGGUGGUUAAACAAGGUUGAGCAAAGGUCCGUUUCUUGACUAAGAUUUAUCAUCCGAAUAUUGAUAAGCUUGGAAGGAUAUGCUUAGACAUCCUUAAAGAUAAAUGGAGCCCAGCCCUGCAGAUCCGAACAGUAUUACUAAGCAAACAAAUGGUCGCGCUUAUAUGCAACAGGUGCUUGACAGUGGGACCUUAUCACACAAUUGGAUUUCCCCAUUGUAAUUUAAAACCACAUUACAUUUACUACUGUAUUGGAAAUGCUCCAAUUGCUCGGUUGUAGAUUAAUCUUGUCAUAAAACUGCUUCAAUCAUGCAUUGUCGAUUUGUCGUCAACAUUUGUAAUUCUUAUUUCUUUCAUUUACAAUCAUGUUAUUUUGUCA